UUUUUUUUUUUUUUUGAUGCCGCAGAGCCUGUCUAGAAAGGCUGGUUGGUUGGUGGUCCAGCGGCGCGGUGGAGGUUGUCGUGGUCCCCAGAGGAGGGAGGAGGGCUCGGUGUGGAUAGAGGCACUGGGCUAGGUGCUUCCUGAGUUGCCUUUACUCUUCACUGAAACCCUGUGAGAUGAACCGGACAAAGUGUGAUGAGGAAGAGUACUGGAACAGUUCCAAGUUCAAGGCUUUCACCUUUGAUGAUGAAGAUGAUGAGCUCUCACAGUUAAAGGAAUCCAAGCGGGCAGUGAAUAGCCUUCGAGACUUCGUGGAUAAUGAUGAUGAUGAUGAUCUGGAGAAAGUCAGCUGGAGCGGGGAGCCCGUGGGAAGUAUCUCAUGGUCUAUCAAAGAGACUGCUGGGAGCAGUGGGUUCAACCAUGACGUGCGCGAUCAGCAGAAGAGCAGAAACAGCUUCUCCUCCUAUUCACAGCUACCCAAACCUUCUUCAACCUACUCCCUGAGCAGCUUUUUUAAAGGGAGAACUAGACUUGGAAGUUUCCAGUCUCUCUCUGAUGCACUCUCAGACACUACUGCCAAAAGCUAUGCUCCAGAGCUGGGCCGACCCAAGGGGGAAUUCAGGGAUUACAGCAAUGACUGGAGCAUCACUGACACUAUACGACGCCUCCGGAAGGGCAAGAUCUGCUCACUGGAAAGAUUCCGCUCAUUACAGGACAAGUUACAACUGCUUGAAGAAGCAGUCAACAUGCAUGAUGGAAAUGUCAUUACUGCGGUUCUCAUCUUCAUGAAGAGGACACUAAGCAAAGAGAUUCUCUUCCGGGAACUGGAGGUCCGGCAGGUGGCCCUGAGACAUCUCAUUCACUUCCUGAAGGAAAUAGGGGAUCAAAAGCUACUCUUAGAUCUCUUUAGGUUCCUAGAUAGAACGGAAGAGCUGGCGCUAUCUCAUUAUCGAGAACAUUUGAAUAUUCAGGACCCUGAGAAACGAAAAGAAUUUCUUAAAUCCUGCAUUAGUUUGCCAUUUUCAGCAGAAGAUUCUGCGCACAUUGAAGACCAUUACACACUCCUGGAACGCCAGAUCAUUAUUGAGGCGAAUGAUCGACAUCUUGAAGCUGCAGGACAAACUGAGAUCUUCAGAAAGCACCCUCGAAAGGCUUCAAUCCUCUACAUGCCCCUCGUGACGACACUCUUCUACUCCUGCUUUUACCAUUACACAGAGGCCGAGGGGACUUUUAGCAGUCCAAUCAGUCUGAAGAAGACUUUUAAGAUCCCAGACAAACAGUAUGUGCUGACCGCCCUGGCUGCUCGCGCCAAGCUGCGAGCCUGGCACGAUGUGGAUGCCCUCUUUACCACAAAGAACUGGCUGGGCCACACCAAGAAGAGAGCACCCAUUGGCUUCCACAGGGUGGUGGAAAUCUUGCACAAGAACAGUGCCCCGAUCCAGAUCUUACAGGAGUAUGUCAAUCUGGUAGAAGAUGUGGACACAAAGUUGAACUUAGCUACCAAGUUCAAAUGCCAUGAUGUCGUCAUUGAAACCUACCGGGACCUGAAGGAUCGACAGCAGUUACUAGCGUACAGGACUAAGGUGGACAAAGGUUCUGCCGAGGAGGAGAAGAUCGAUGCCAUUCUCAGCAGCUCACAAAUUCGAUGGAAGAACUAAGUGGCAUUAGCUACCCUGAACCUGCCUCGUCUCUUGCUUUCCUGCCUGUGAAAGAAAGUGGAGUGAAUUCUGUGGGAGAACACAUCACAUCUCUGGGGACCGUCAUCUAGGCAGUGGCUGCUAUGUUCAGUGCACAGACAGCUUCAGACCGAUCUUCACUUCCACUUUCAAGGCCAUCUCCAAAGAUGGAAAGUUUUGACUCAUGAGAAACUUCUCUCCACCAGGUGCUCACAUGAAGGUGGGAGUGAUUUCUAGAUUGGGCCCAUAUUGGGCAAGAGCUUUCUUGGUCUGAGUUGAGAGGCCGACUCCUGGAAGUCUCCUGGACUCAGAAGGGCCAGCGUCUAAGGUCGACCACUCCAUUCCUCUCAGUUAAUGAUGACCCUGGACCAUGUGUUGGCAGCUGGCAGUUCUGCUCUAAAGGAACUCGAAACAGAACAAACAUGUUACCUCAGGAAAGGUGGCAGUGUUGCCAGGACCUGCAGGAGGUGCCCUUACACCAGACUACACGGAACCCUCCAUGAUAGAGAGUGCCCAGAUGUUGCUUUUCUUCUGCCAGUGCCCCUCUGUUGCCCUAGUCUAGCCCUAUCCCAAAAUUUCUGGUUCCUGUUUCCUCCACACUGCCGUCGCCUGUGAGAGAGGAUAAAACACUACCACCCCAUCCCUGUCCUCUGCUUCUCCCAUCUCAGAGCUAUAACCUUACAUGGAGCUCAGAUUCAGCAGUGCUAGAGAAUUCACCCUGUAUGCCCAAACCCCCAUUUCAGAAAAAAGCUUCCAGAAGUUUCACCAGGGCUAAACAUAGCAGCAUUUCUGAGUAUUAAGAUCUUAAGAUGCUGACAUUAGUUUCACAUUUGUUUUCAAGAAGCUGCUCUGUAAUGCUAGGUCUCUGCCCCAUGCCAGUAUUAGCCUCUCUUCUCUGUGGCUGGGUUUCUCUAAUAUGCCUAGACUACUAAUAAAGCUUUUUCUUCCUUGG